UGUCUACCUCAGUCCCCAGUGAGGACAUGUGGGAUUUGCGUCCUUCCCUUUUCAAAAGCGAUGGAUGUAUACUUCAACUGAAAAAGAAACCUGAUCAGAGAUCCAAUGAGAGAAAAAAAACCUGAACAAAAUUAUAGGUGGGGGAAGAACAGCUAAUCAAGAAAUUGCUGCAAAUGCAAAGGCAGUGCAAAUGAAAAUUAGUGGGUGGAUGGGAGAAAUGCUUCGCUGGAAACCCUCUCUUCCCUCCCUGUCACUUUCACCAGCCAAAAAAUUAGUGGGGUAACUUUUGCAUGAAUUUGCCCGACUAGAACACGUGCAAAAGGAUCCUAGGUACGCUUAUGUAGAAACCCCUCUUUUUGCGGGGAUUUACUUCUUCCAAGUAUGCAUUGGGCUGCGCUGCAGCCAUACGUUUGCUCAGGAGUAAGCUGCACCGAGUUCACGUAGAGUUACUCGCAAACCGGCGUGUAUUGUAUUGCUAAGGCACACCCGCCCUUCCUGUGCUGAGGCUGCAGGCAAGCAAACGAGACCUUGUCGUCUGUCCUGGUUCUCGGUGGUGCAACGUCUGGAGGUGCCAAAGCGCUUUGCACUGCGUCUCGCAAGCUCUUCUCGAUCCCUCAUUCACGCUCUUCCCGUCUUGUCUAGUUUCUGAUCUCACAGCAUUCCCCACCCCUUCAGCUGAGUAAAGGCGAUCAAUGGACUUCCCGGAGAAAUAAGAAGGGGGACUAUGAGGCGCGCUCCCUCUUAUUUUGCGGGGGGGGGGGAGAGACUGCGGUCGGCAGAAUCAAUGCAAACACCGAACUAGGGCGUGUGUGCGAUGCCUUUUGGACUGGAUCCGGAAUCAUGUUUUGGGGAGAGGUCACAACUUUAUCGCUUCCAGCCUCUGCCCAAAGCCAGUCAAGCACCCCACUCGAGAGACUUGGGAAGCCCCCCUCCUUCUCCGCAGCAAGCCUUUCCGCUCUCGCGUCUUCUGCAAAAGCAGCACCCAACAUGCAUUUAAAGGCUACUCGGCAGGGCUUUAUACCUUUAUACUCUAUCCCACCCAAAGCCUCCAACCAGGUCUUCAAGAGCAGACAGGGGCAAAGUCACCUGCAAAAAGAAAAAAAAAAGGGGGGAAUAUCCGAUUCUUUGUGGCGGGGGUGGAGAUUACCUCGCAAUUCCUCGCUAGCACGGUAGCGUUAGCUUCGCAACAUCCUGCAAAUGGUUUACAAAUGCAGACAUCCUCUGGAGGGGGGAUAUGUGCGUGUGCGGACGGGUGAUUCCAUCUUCCCAUCGUCAGUGCAUGGAAUGAACCUUGUCAAUUUUACUCGAGGGUCUCCCUCCCUCUCUCUCUCUCUGAAUUGUUUCCCCGAAGAAAUGGUGGAAAGAAACAGACAUGUCCCCCCCCUUUUUUAAGGUGGUGUGGAGAAGAGAUUUUUCACAGCAUCUUUUCUUCCAGUAUCGUGAUGCCAAGUUCCCGCAAGGUGGGACGGAGGGUUUCCUUUCGUCUGCACGACGCAGCAAGAGCCGGGAAGUUAGCAAAUCUUUGAGCAACCCGGCCAGAUCAAGCCCCCCGCCCUGCCGCCCAUUUUCAGUAUUUAGUGUUUUGUUUAACCAUUGCAAGCACAACAACAACAAAUCCGCAAGGAUGGAGAGGUGAUGAUCAGUCACCUGGCUUUUAAAACAAAACAAGAGUAUUCAUUCCCUGGGGAGCUUCGGCGGUCAAUCCUGAAGAGCUUGAGCCGGAAUAGGCAUUAAAUAUAUAUAUAUAUAUAUAUAUAUAUAUAUAUAUAUAUAUAUAUAUAUAUAUAUAUAUAUAUAUAUAUAUAUAUAUAUAUAUAUAUAUAUAUAUAAAUAAAUAAAAGACUGAGAAAGGAGGGAGGGGGAUCCAGUUCUCCCCCUCAAGUUACAGCGCGAGUUGGUUCAGUCCAGCUGCUGCAGCUGGGAAGGGAGAGAAAAAGAAACGGUUCUCUGUGCUUUCGGUUUUUUUUUCCUCCUGAGCAAAAAUAUAUACAUAUUAAAAUACUGUAUAUAUAUAUGCAUGUAAGAUGAAAUAAGAACCAUCCUGACUUCCCUUUUUUUAAAAGACUCCCCCUUUCCCCUCCUCUCUUAGAUUAUUCCACUGUCCAAAGGAAGGGGGGGGUUAGACAGAAGAAUUCAACCCAAUCGCCCACUUCUCUCUUCCUCCUCCUCCUCCUCUCUCCUCCUCCUCCACCAAGCCGAUCAACCCCCCAGCCCCUCUCUGACAUGCAACCCUCUCUCGGUUGGGACAAGCCGGCAUGCCGCUGCAGCUUUAAACGGAAUUGGGGGAAAUUGGGGAUUUUUGCUCUCAUGACGGUGGAGGUGAGCUAUUGGAGUCGGAUUCUUCUGCUGUCGGUGGGGGUUCUGGCCACAUCAGCCGCCGCCCAGAACUGCAGCUACGUUUUGCAAGGUCCAAACGGGACGAUACAAAGUCCAGGAUUUCCAUACGGCUAUCCAAAUUAUGCAAACUGUACAUGGACAAUCACCGCCAAGGAGCAGAACAGAGUGCAGCUGGUAUUCCAGUCCUUUGCGCUAGAGGAAGAUUUUGAUGUGCUGUCUGUCUACAAUGGGUUGCCCCAGCAGGGAAAUCUAAGGACAAGGUUAACCGGAUUCCAGCUGCCUCCUCCCAUUGUGAGCACGGGGGUGGUGCUGUCCUUGUGGCUUGUAAGCGAUUAUGCAGUCAGUGCUCAAGGAUUUCAGGCAAGCUACGAAGUUCUACCAAGCCACACAUGUGGAAAUCCAGGAAAGCUCCAGAAUGGAAUCCAGCAGGGGACGACAUUCAGUGUUGGCGACAAAGUGCGUUACAGCUGCAAUCCGGGCUUCUUUCUGGAGGGUCAUGCGCUGCUCACUUGUCAUGCAAGCUCAGAAAACACUGCCUCCUGGGACUUCCCUCUGCCCUUCUGUCGGGCUGAUGAUGCCUGUGGUGGGACACUUCGGGGGCAGAGUGGAAUAAUUUCAACCCCCCAUUAUCCUUCGGAGUACAGCAACAAUGUGGACUGCACAUGGACCAUUCUAGCAGAGCCUGGGGACACCAUCGCUUUGGUGUUCCUGGAUUUCCAACUAGAGGAUGAAUACGACUUUUUAGAGGUCACUGGAACUGAGGGGUCCUCCCUGUGGUUUACGGGAACAAACCUUCCUGCCCCUGUAAUCAGCAGCAAAAACUGGCUUCGCCUGCACUUUAUGUCAGACAGCAACCACAGGCAGAAAGGCUUCAGCGCUCAGUACCAAGUCAAAAAGCAAAUGGAAAUGAAGUCCCGGGGAGUGAAAUUGAUGCCGAGUAAGGACACCAACCAGAAGACAUCCGUGUUAACACAGGUUGGUGUGUCCCAGGGACAUAACAUGUGUCCAGACCCUGGCAUUCCAGACCGAGGCAAAAGAAUAGGCAAUGAUUUCAGGUUGGGAUCCAGUGUCCAGUUCACUUGCAACGAAGGCUACGAUUUGCAGGGCUCCAAAAGCAUCACCUGUAAGAAACUGAGUGGUAUGAUAGCAGCCUGGAGUGACCAGAGGCCAGUAUGUAGAGCUAGGAUGUGUGAUACAUACCUCCGAGGCCCCAGCGGCAUUAUCACAUCUCCAAACUAUCCUGUCCAGUAUGAUAACAAUGCCUACUGCGUGUGGGUGAUCACAGCAGUCAAUCCAGCCAAGGUCAUCAAAAUUGACUUUCAAGAAUUUGACUUGGAGAGAGGUUAUGACACAUUAACCGUGGGGGACGGAGGUCAGGUCGGAGACCAGAAGAGUGUGCUCUACGUUUUAACAGGCACAACAGUCCCUGAUCUAAUUGUCAGCACCCAGCAUCAGAUGUGGCUUCUGUUCCAGACAGACAGUGUGAAGAAUCUACUAGGAUUCAAAGCUACCUAUGAAGAAAUCGACCAGGGGAGUUGCGGAGAUCCAGGAGUGCCAGCCUACGGCAAGAGACAAGGGUCAACCUUCCGCCACGGGGACUCGCUGACGUUUGAAUGCCAGCCUGCAUUUGAACUGAAAGGACAGAAAACAAUCACUUGUCAAAAGAGUAGCCAGUGGUCCUCUCAGAAACCAAUCUGUGUUUUUUCCUGCUUCUUCAACUUCACCACCUCGUCUGGGAUUGUGUUGUCCCCAAACUACCCAGAGGAAUACGGCAGCAGCCUACACUGUGUCUGGUUAAUCAUUGCAAAACCUGAAAGCCGGAUCCAUUUGGCCUUCAACGAUUUUGAUGUGGAACCCCAGUUUGACUUCCUGGCUGUAAAAGAUGGUGGGACGGCUGAAUCACCCGCCCUAGGGACAUUCUCUGGGAGUCAGCUGCCGUCUUCUCUGACCAGCAGUGGCCAUGUCGCCAGGCUGGAAUUUCAGACCGACCACUCUACUGAAAAGCGAGGCUUCAAUAUCACCUUUACCACCUUCAGACACAACGAGUGCCCUGACCCAGGUGUGCCGGUCAACGGCAAGCGUUUUGGUGACAGUCUCCAGCUUGGCAGUUCUGUGUCCUUCCUGUGCGAUGAGGGAUUCAUUAGGACGCACGGCUCAGAGACCGUCACCUGCAUCUUGAAGGAAGCCAAUGUGGUCUGGGAUAAUGCCGUGCUGAGAUGUGAAGCUCCAUGUGGUGGUCAUCUGACCUCUCCAAGUGGAAUGAUCCUGUCCCCAGGCUGGCCUGGAUUCUACAAAGAUUCUCUGAACUGUGUGUGGGUCAUAGAAGCUCAACCAGGAUACCCUAUCAAAAUUACAUUUGACAGAUUUAAAACAGAGGUGAAUUACGACACGCUGGAAGUGCGCGACGGCAAGUCCUAUUCGUCACCAUUGAUAGGCGUCUAUGACGGCACUCAGGUCCCCCAGUUCCUCAUUAGCACCAGCAACUUCCUCUACAUCCUCUUCACUACUGACAAGAGCCACUCUGAUGUCGGCUUUCAGAUCCGCUAUGAAACGGUAAAACUGCAGUCAGACCACUGCUUGGACCCAGGGAUUCCUGUCAAUGGGCAACGGCACGGGGACGAUUUCUAUGUGGGGGCCCUGGUGACCUUCGGCUGUGACCCAGGCUACACCUUGAGUGACAAUGAAGCUUUGGAGUGUGAACCUAAUUUCCAGUGGAGCAGGCCCCUUCCUAGCUGUGAGGCUCUCUGUGGAGGAUACAUCCGUGGGUCUGUCGGCACCGUGCUAUCCCCUGGCUUCCCGGAUUUCUACCCCAACAAUUUAAAUUGCACUUGGGUCAUAGAGGCUUCUCAUGGCAAAGGUGUCUUCUUUACUUUCCACACCUUCCACUUGGAGAGUGGCCAUGACUACCUGUUCAUCACUGAGAAUGGCAGCUUCAGCCAGCCACUGAAACAGCUCACUGGCUCCCGCCUGCCCGCCCCUUUCAGCGCUGGCCUCUUUGGGAACUUCUCCGCUCAAAUCCGCUUCAUCUCAGACUUCUCAAUUUCUUACGAAGGCUUUAACAUCACCUUUUCGGAAUAUGACUUAGAGCCUUGUGAUGAGCCGGAGGUGCCAGUCUACAGCAUCCGCAAGGGCCUUCAGUUUGGCGUGGGGGAUGUCUUGACCUUCUCCUGUUUCCCUGGGUACCGACUGGAAGGGGUCUCGCGCAUUACCUGCCUGGGCGGUAGACGGCGUGUGUGGAGUUCGCCUCUGCCAAGGUGUGUUGCUGAAUGCGGCUCCUCCGUAACUGGAACUCAAGGCGUUCUGUUGUCCCCAAACUACCCGCUAAACUACAACAACCACCAUGAAUGUAUCUAUUCCAUCCAGACACAGCCAGGAAAAGGAAUUCAGCUCAAAGCCAGGGCUUUCACCCUAGAAGCCCGGGAUUUCCUGAAGAUCUAUGAUGGGAACAAUAACUCUGCUCGCCUCCUGGGCUCCUUUAGCCGAAUGGAGAUGUUGGGCCUCAGUGUCAACAGCACCUCCAGCUCCAUGUGGCUUGAAUUCAUCUCUGAUGGCAACAGCACUAGUCAAGGGUUUGAACUGCAGUUUUCUAGUUUUGAGCUGAUCAAGUGUGAGGACCCUGGCAUCCCUCAGUUUGGCUACAAAGUCCAUGACGAGGGACACUUUGCUGGCAGCUCAGUCUCUUUUAACUGCGAUCCUGGCUACACCUUGCGAGGGAGCCGGGUGCUGGCCUGCUUGACCGGGGAACGCCGAGCCUGGGAUCAGCCACUUGCCAUCUGCGUAGCGGAGUGUGGGGGCAUUAUCAGAGGUGAGUCUUCAGGGAGGAUCUUGUCUCCAGGCUACCCAACACCUUAUGACCACAACCUCAACUGUGUCUGGACGAUUGAAGCAGAGGCUGGUUGCACGAUAGGCCUCCAUUUCAUGGUUUUCCACACAGAAGAGUUCCAUGAUGUUCUGAGGAUCUGGGAUGGGCCUGUGGAGAAGGGGAUUCUCCUGAAGGAAGUUAGCGGUUCCAUCCUGCCCACUGAUGUUCACAGCACCUUCAGCUCUGUGGUCCUUCAGUUCAACACUGACUUUUUUACCAGCAAACAGGGUUUUGCCAUUCAGUUUUCAGUGUCCACCGCCACCUCCUGCAAUGACCCUGGUGUCCCUCAGAAUGGGAGCCGUAAUGGCGACAGCAAGAAGGCAGGCGACUCCAUCGUUUUCCAGUGUGACCCCGGUUACGCCCUGCAAGGGGACGCCAAAAUCAGCUGUGUGCAGAUCGAGAACAGGUUCUUCUGGCAGCCUGAUCCCCCCACCUGCAUAGCUCCCUGUGGUGGGAUCCUGACUGGGCCUUCAGGAGUGAUCUUGUCGCCAAACUACCCAGAGCCGUACCCUCCAGGAAAGGAGUGUGACUGGAAGUUGACUGUUUCUCCUGACUAUGUCAUUGCCCUGGUGUUUCAAAUCUUCAAUCUGGAACCAGGGUACGAUUUCUUGCACAUCUACGAUGGGCCCAACUCGCUUAGUCCCUUGAUUGGGAGUUUCUAUGACACGCAAUUACCAGAGAGGAUCGAAAGCAGAAGCAACAACCUCUUCCUGGCCUUCCGGAGUGACGCUUCGGUCAGCAACACAGGCUUUGUGAUCCAUUACACAGAAAACCCCCGAGAAUCCUGCUUCGAUCCCGGCUUGAUUAAGAACGGCACCCGAGCUGGCAGUGAGUUGAAACUGGGAUCAACUAUCACCUACUAUUGCGACAGUGGCUACGUGAUUGAUGGGGUGUCUACCUUGACAUGCAUCAUGGGAGGAGAUGGAAAACCUGUGUGGAACAAACAGCGACCUACCUGCACAGCACCAUGUGGCGGUCAGUACACGGGCUCAGAUGGCGUCAUCCUGUCUCCAAACUAUCCCCGGAACUACACAACCAGACAAGUGUGCCUGUAUUUCAUCGUUGUGCCCAAAGACUACGUGGUGUUUGGUCAGUUUGCCUUCUUCCAGACAGCUCUUCACGAUAUCAUCGAAGUGCAUGAUGGUCCCAAUCAGCAUUCCCGCCUCCUCAGCUCUCUCUCUGGUUCUCACACCGGCGAAUCCUUGCCUUUGGCUACCACCAACCAAAUCCUGAUCAAGUUCAGUGCCAAAGGCCAAGCCACCGCCAAAGGUUUCCAUUUUGUAUACCAAGCGGUCCCACGGACAAGUGCAACACAGUGCAGCUCUGUGCCAGAACCCCGCUAUGGGAGGCGGGUAGGCAGCGAUUUCUCUGUAGGCGCCGUGAUCCGGUUUGAGUGCAGCCCCGGCUACGCCCUCCAAGGAUCCCGCAGCAUCGAGUGCCUGACGAUGCCUGGAGCCCUUGCUCAGUGGAAUUCCUCCGUGCCGGCCUGUGUUGUGCCCUGUGGUGGAAACUUAACUGAGCGAAAAGGCACAAUUUUAUCCCCUGGAUUCCCCGAGCCUUACUUGAACAGCCUCAACUGUGUGUGGAAAAUAACGGUCCCUGAAGGAGCAGGAAUACAGAUCCAAGUGAUCAGCUUUGUCACAGAACAGAACUGGGAUUCCCUAGAAGUGUUUGACGGAGGGGAUAACACAGCCACCAUGCUGGGCAGCUUCUCAGGAACCACAGUUCCCGCACUGCUGAACAGCACCUCCAACCAGCUCUAUUUGCAUUUCUACUCUGACAUCAGCGUCUCUGCCGCAGGAUUUCACCUUGAGUACAAAACUGUAGGCCUGUCGAGCUGCCCAGAACCCUCCGUCCCCAGUAAUGGCCUGAAACUCGGGGAGCGAUACUUGGUGAAUGAUGUUGUCUCCUUUCAAUGUGAGCCAGGCUAUGCGCUACAGGGGCAUUCUCACAUUUCCUGCAUGCCAGGGACUGUCCGGCGCUGGAACUACCCUCCUCCACUUUGCAUCGCUCAGUGCGGUGGGACCAUGCAAGAGAUGGAAGGGGUCAUUCUGAGCCCUGGCUUCCCAGGAAACUAUCCCAGCAACAGCGACUGUACGUGGAGGGUAUCCCUUCCGGUGGGGUUUGGUGCUCACAUCCAGUUCUUGAACUUUUCCACCGAGCCCAACCACGACUUCAUUGAAAUCCGGAAUGGGCCGUAUGACACCAGCAACAUCAUCAGCCGGUUUAGCGGGACUGACCUCCCGGGCUCCCUCCUGUCCACUUCACAUGAAACCACCGUGUAUUUCCACAGCGACCACUCUCAGAACAAGCCUGGCUUUAAGGUAGAAUACCAAGCCUAUGAGCUACAGGAGUGCCCUGACCCUGAGCCCUUUGCCAAUGGUGUUGUGAGAGGAGCCGGUUACAGCGUGGGCCAGUCCAUCUCCUUUGAGUGCCUCCCUGGCUACCAGCUCGUUGGCCACCCGGUAUUGACCUGUCAGCAUGGAACCAAUAGGAACUGGGACCACCCAUUGCCCAGGUGUGAAGUUCCUUGCGGAGGAAACAUCACUGCUCACAAUGGCACCAUCUACUCCCCUGGCUUUCCCAACCAGUACCCCAAUUCGCAGGACUGCACGUGGCUACUCACUGUGUCAGCUGGAUAUGGCAUCUACCUCAACUUCACCUUGCUGCAAACAGAGCCUUAUAAUGAUUUCAUCACUGUGUGGGAUGGGCCUCAGCAGACAGCCCCACAACUGGGUGUUUUCACUGGAAACUCUGCAAAGAAAGCCACCCAAAGCACUUCCAACCAGGUCCUCCUGAAAUUCUACAGUGAUGCGGCCAACGGAGGACUUUUUGCCAUCUAUUUCUAUGCCUAUCAGCUUUCUAGAUGCCAGCCUCCAACCGUGGUUCCUAAUGCCGAGAUCAUCACUGGGAAUGAGGAUUACAGCAUAGGUGAUAUAAUUAGGUAUCAGUGUCUCCCUGGCUUCACCUUGGUUGGAAACGAGAUCCUGACUUGCAGGCUUGGUACACACCUCCAGUUUGAGGGGCCUCCCCCAACUUGUGAAGUUCAUUGCCCAAUGAAUGAGGUCCUCACAGACUCCAUGGGAGUGAUCCUGAGCCCGACCUUCAUGGCCAGCUACCCCCACUUUCAGACUUGCUCUUGGGUGGUCAAGGUGGAGCCAGGAUACAACAUCACUUUCACCGCCGAGUAUUUCUUGAGUGAGAAGCAGUACGACGAGUUUGGGAUCUUUGACGGUCCUUCAGGCCACAGUCCAUUGCUGCUGUCCCUAAGUGGGAAUUAUACUGCUCCGCUGACGGUCACCAGUACUGGCAACAGAGUCUAUCUCCACUGGUCCUCUGACCAUGCGUACAGCAGGAAGGGCUUCAGGAUCCGCUAUUCAGCCCCUUAUUGCAGCCUCCCUCCGCCUCCUCUCCACGGCUCCAUCCUCAGCCACACCGGCCUGCAGCCAGGAAGCACCAUCCGGUUCGGUUGUCACGCUGGCUACCGCCUUGUUGGACGCAGCUUUUCGACAUGCUCAAGGCACCCCCAGGGCUACUUCCGCUGGAGUGAAGCCACCCCUCUGUGCCAAGCUCUCUCCUGUGGAGUUCCCAGAGCUCCAAAGAAUGGCGUUGUUUUGGGCAAGGAGUACACGGUGGGCACCCAAGCAGUCUACCAGUGCAAGCAAGGCUUCCAUCUCCAUGCCCAGGAAGAGUCCAGCAUUGAGUGCCUGCCAAAUGGGCAAUGGAGUAACGGCAAUAACCCUCUCCCAUGUGUGGCGGUCAGUUGCCCCGACAUCAGCAACAUUGCUGUGGAGCAUGGUAGAUGGAGGCUGAUCUACGAGACCCAGUACCAGUACAAUGCCCAACUCAUGUUGAUCUGUGACCCUGGCUACUACUACACGGGCCACCGCGUCAUCCAUUGCCAGGCCAGCGGGAAGUGGAGCAUAGGAGAGCCCAGGCCGACCUGCAGAAUUAUCUCCUGUGGAGACCUGCCUGUGCCACCCAAUGGGAACAGGAUCGGGACCCUGACCACUUACGGUGCUACUGCCAUCUUCUCCUGCAAUACCGGUUACACUUUGGUGGGCUCACUUGUGAGGGAGUGCAUGGCAAACGGCCUCUGGAGUGGGCUGGAAGUGACAUGCCUAGCGGGUCACUGUGGCGAACCAGGCCCCAUUGUCAAUGGUCAAAUAAAUGGGGAGAACUACAACUACCGGGGCAGUGUGGUGUACCAGUGCAACCCUGGCUUCCGACUCAUUGGGAUGUCUGUCCGGAUCUGCCAGCAAGACCACCGCUGGUCUGGAAAGACUCCUGUCUGUGUGCCCAUAACUUGUGGUCACCCGGGCAAUCCAGCAAAUGGCUUGACACAAGGCAACCAGUUCAACCUGAAUGACGUGGCCAAAUAUGUAUGCAACGCCGGGUACCGCCUGGAAGGGACAUCCAAGUCUCAAUGCCUGUUAAAUGGACAGUGGAGUAACGUCCUGCCCGUCUGCCGCAUUAUAAACUGUACUGACCCCGGGCACCUGGAAAACAGCGUCCGGCAAGUGCAGCCGAGUGGGCCUCACAGAUACAGCUUUGGAACAACUGUCUCAUACCAGUGCAGCCAUGGAUAUUACUUACUGGGCACCCAUUUCCUUACCUGUCAGGGAGAUGGCUCUUGGGACCGGCCCCUCCCAGUGUGUCAUUUGGUCUCCUGUGGCCAUCCUGGAUCCCCACCCUAUGCCCAGAUCUUGGGUGAUGUCUACACGGUUGGCUCUGUCGUGCGCUACAGCUGCCUGGAAGGGAGGAACUUGAUUGGCAAUUCCACCCGAAUGUGUCAGCUAGAUGGGCGUUGGAGUGGCUCUCUCCCGCACUGCUCAGGAAGUAUCCAAGGACUGUGUGGCGACCCAGGAAUACCUUCUCAUGGCAUCCGGCAUGGUGGCAACAUGUUAAGCAUGGAGAGUACCGUCUGGUUUAGUUGCGAGCCUGGCUACACUCUCCGGGGCUCGCUGCAAAGAAUAUGCCAAGCCAACGGCACUUGGAGUGGCACUCAGCCAGAAUGCGAAGUUCUAUCUUGCGGAAACCCCGGGACCCCCAGCAAUGCCAGAGUGGUGUUUAAUGAUGGGCUGGUGUUCUCAAGCUCCAUCAUUUACAAGUGUCGGGAUGGCUAUUACUCCACAGGCGUGCUCAGCAGGCAUUGUACUGUCAAUGGAACCUGGACAGGGAGCACCCCGGAGUGUACUGUGAUCAACUGUGGGGAUCCCGGAGUGCCAGCCAACGGCAUUCGGCUGGGCAACGACUUCACCUACAAUAAGACUGCUGUGUUUCACUGCAUGCCCGGCUACACGAUGGACUCAGACAGAGCCUCUGCUCUGACCUGCACGAAGGACCGGACAUGGAACGGAACAAAGCCCAUCUGCAAAGCUAUCAUCUGCAAACCUCCCCAAGCUGUUCCCAAUGGAAAAGUCGUGGGUUCAGAUUUCAGCUGGGGAUCAAGUGUCAGCUACAGCUGCCUGGAAGGAUAUCAGCUGUCCCUGCCUGCAGUCCUGACUUGCGAAGGGAACGGUUCGUGGAGUGGAGAGCUGCCACAGUGUUUCCCUGUUUUCUGUGGUGACCCAGGAAUCCCAGCUGAAGGGAAGCGUGAAGACCGGGGCUUUACGUAUCGCUCCUCUGUCUCAUAUUCCUGUUCCCCUGCACUGUUGCUGGUGGGAUCGGCUCGGAGGUUCUGCCAAUCUGAUGGAACAUGGAGUGGAACGCAGCCAAGCUGCAUAGACUCGACACUUACAACAUGCUUGGACCCUGGUGUGCCCGUUUAUGGGAUGCAAAACAAUUCCCAGGGUUAUCAGGUUGGGAGUGUCAUCUAUUUCAAGUGUCACAAAGGGUACCUGUUGCAAGGCUCCACCACGAGGACUUGCCUCCCUAACCUGACAUGGAGUGGAGUGCAGCCCGACUGCAUCCCUCACAACUGCAAGGAGCCAGAGACCCCAUCCCAUGCCAACGUGGGUGCUCUGGACCUGCCUUCCCUCGGGUACACCUUGAUCUAUUCUUGUCAGAGUGGCUUUUAUCUCACCGGAGGAUCUGAACACAGAACCUGUAAAGCAGACGGCAGCUGGACGGGGAAGCCCCCUAUUUGCCUUGCGGACAUCCGUCCCAGUGGGAGACCAGUAGGCACUGCAAAGGACCUGCCUCUUCCCAAAGUGUCAGUUCCAGGUGACGUCUUUGCAAAGAACUCCUUUUGGAAAGGUUCCUAUGAGUACAUGGGCAAGAAGCAGCUGGCAAUGCUCUCCAUCACAAGCUUUGACCCAGUCACCAGUAAAGUCAACGCCACCCUAAAAGACCACAGUGGUGUGGAGCUCCUACUCUCUGGUAUUUACAAAAGAGAAGAUGUCCACCUCCUCCUCCAGGUGUACCAGAUUACAGGGCCAGUGGAGAUCUUCAUGAACAAAUUCAAGAAUGAAAAAUGGGCUUUAGAUGGACACGUCACCCCAGAAUCAUCAAGUGGGACGUUUGUCUACCAGGGCUUUGUGCAUGGCAAAGGUUUUGGACAGUUUGGCCUCCAGAGGCUAGAUAUCAUUGAACGAGAUGCUGAGUCGAUAGGACAUCCAUUUGCAUCCAAUAGCAGUUCAGUGGCAGCUGCUAUCCUUGUGCCUUUCAUCGCCCUGAUUAUUGCAGGCUUUGUACUCUAUCUCUACAAACACAGAAGGAGACCGAAGGUGCCAUUCAAUGGCUACGCUGGCCACGAAAACACAAAUGUCCGAGGAACGUUUGAAAACCCGAUGUACGACCGCAACUUGCAACCGACGGAUAUCAUGGCCAACGAGGCAGAGUUUACAGUCAGCACUGUGUGCACGGCGGUAUAGCAUUUAACAAUCCUGCACUCAUUCUCCAGGGACAGGAGUCUUGCCAGUGCUCAAUAGUCCUCCUGGUUCAUCUUUGCCCAUGAUCAUCCCUCCCAAAAAAGAUGGGGCUGUGGAGUUGAUAUGGUGCCUUUGAGUCGAUCCAGAGAGAGAGAGAGAGAGAGAGAGGCUGCCUUGCUGUUCAUCAUCACUCCACAUCUUUCUUGCCCAUCUGUUCUGCCCUGCAGCUGAUAAUCAAAUCAACCAAAGCAUCCCUUCCAGCCCUUGUGCUGAGACUGUGGGGAAUGGAACCGCCGACACUUCCCCCGCCUCUGAGCCCUUUUCUAGCUGAUUCUGGCCAGUUCUAGAACUUGGUGGCUGCUGCUCAGAGACCAGAGGUUGGCCAUCUGCUUGUUGUGGCUGAUUAUCGCCUUCUGGGGGAGUAGCCUCGUGGCAACGUGGAGCAUUCUAACGGCAUUCAUACUCUCCGGUUGCCGGAGGAAGUGACAGCCGCACAAGAUGAAGUGGCUGCAUCAGGGCUGAGGAGGCUUCCUGGAUGCAGAGAGUCUGGGGCAAAAGCACCCAUCGCGUUGAACUCAGGCAGCAGGUUUAGCAAAUGAAGAAAUGGUUGCUUAAUGUAUGUUCAUUCUCUCCCUCCUCCUCCAUCUCAUGUAUGUAUUUCAUGCUAAAACCUACUGCAAGGAUUUGAGGUUUCUGAAAAGUUAUGACACUCCCCCUCCCCCUCCAAACCCUACCCCAAAGCCACAUCAUUCUGCACUUUGAAAUAGCUAACUUUGUUCUUUCGAAAUCAGCUGCCCUUCCUUGCUCCAGGUAUGAGGCCAGUUCAAACCCUGCCUUUUAAACAACAGCUGUCGUGGCUGCUUUGUCCUUGCUAGCUUUGACCAGGUGGCCAGAGAGUAAAGACCAUUCCAAGGACCUUUCUUGGCAUAAGGAACAGGACAGCCUUCUUUACGCAGUUGUUGGAAUGGGGUGGGGGGUCCAAGUCUCUUUCUCCUAGCUAGCACAUUCACUGCAGGUCUGUCUCAUUUUGCCAGCCCUUGAACUGCAAUAUUUUAUCACUGAGGAAAAUGUGAUAUUUCUCACAAAUGCACCCUAGCCUAAUAUUUUCCUUGACUUUUGGAAUGCCCAGCAGAAUAUGGUAUGAGUGUCAUCAGCUCCUAUUGGUUAGCGUCUGUAACAUCACCAGUGUCCAACACCACUAAUCUGUUUUUCAGAUUUUAGACAAAAGAGAGAGCACCUCAUUCUAUACCACCAUAGCAGGUUCACUCACAUAUCCUUUACAUUUUUAAAAAAAAAAAAAUCUGGCAAGUACAUUUGCUUGCAGCAUUGUGAACCUACUCUCUUCUCCAUUUUAUGACAGACUCUGAGCUUCCUGCUUCGUUGCUGGAGUGCACAAUAUACUGAAGUAAGAAUAUGAACUGCUCCAACUCACACAUACCCAUCUGUUUGCUACAAGGAAGGAAUCUUGUACUACUAACCAGAAUCAGCCCAGCAUGAUUAGCCCAAUAGUGAAAAUCCAGGGACUGUGGAUUGUCUAGAGCACUGUUCUUCAAACCUGGACCCCCAGAUGUUGUCAGACUACGGCUCCCAUCAACCCUAGCCAGCUUAGCCAAUGGCCAAGGAUGAUGGGAAUUGUAGUCCAACAACAUCUGGGGAACCAAGAACAGUGAUCUAGAGCAGCCCAUUGAUCACACAAAGCUGCCUUAUAGACAGUCAGAUUGUUGGUCUAACCAGCUCUGUAUUUUUACAGUGAUCGGCAGCAGCUCUCCAGGAUUUCAGGCAGGGGACAUUUCCAGACCUAUCUGGAGAGACUGGGAAAUGAACCUGGCGCCAUCUGCAUGCAGUGCAUGUAAUCUUACUGUGAGUGGUGACCCCUCCCUGAAGGUAUGAAAGGAAGUCUAAUCUCAGGGCUUAACUAAACAUUGCAAGGGACACGGAACCAUCAUUGCCAACCCCAUGGGUUGUUGCCAACUAAGUCCUACUCAAAGUAGACUCAUUGAAAUGAAUUAACCUAAGGUAAUCAUGCCCGUUAAUUUCAAUGGGUCUGCUCUAAAUAGGACUAGCAUUGGAUACAAUCCCAUGUCUUUUUGUGCCCCCCCCGCCCACCCAUGUUCAACCUAAUAGCCAGGUAAGCAACAACAUGUGCUACAAUGUCACUGAAUUUUUGUGUUGCUCUACCACCACAACCAACUGCCAGGGAUGUACGUCAGGACAAUGAACAGCAUGGCAACUUCAGUGGCUGCAUUUACCUGGAUCAGCUUUCAACAAACCUGGUGCCCCUUCAGAUGUGUUGGACUACAACUCCCAUGAGCCACAAUACAUUGAAGGGCUAGCAGAGGCUAACAAGGAUUAGGGAGCAAGAGAUGUGGCAUGUCAGUAGCCCUUUUCCUACCUUUUUAAACAUGUAGUUCAGCCUUUGGUUGUUGUAGUGUGCUAGAGAAUUCAGAAUAGACUGGAGGCUUGCUGUCAGGACAUCCCUUGUGUUUGGUGGUAGGAUGGAGAAGAACCAGAAUCCCACACUGUCCAACUUAACACGUUCACAUACAGUUUGAAAUCUUACCUACUCAGAUCCAAGUUAUCGCAGCUGUGGGCAAGCUGUAUAAUCCCAAGGAGCCCUGUUGUCCCCCAGCUGGCAAUUGCGGACAAGGAAGGGGCUGGCUUGUGCAGCUGGGGAGGACUAGCCUCAGAGGGAGGCAAUGGUAAACCCCCUCUGAAUACCGCUUACCAUGAAAUCCCUAUUCAUAGGGUCGCCAUAAGUCAGGAUCGACUUGAAGGCAGGCCAUAUCUAAGUAGUGAACAGGGCCAGUUCUAAAGGGCGGCCAGGUGGGGCACUGGCCCGAGAGCCCCGCAGCUACAGGAGCCCCUGAGGCAGGAGCCGCGGAUCACGGGACAGGAGGAGCGUCUGAGCUGCCCGCCAUCCCCCCGCUUCACCUACCUUUCUCUACUGUUC